ACGUGCAGGUGCCAGACGUUCUGGUGGGGCCGCGCGUAUACGCCGAGCCCGGUUUGCCGGCGUUCCUGCCGCCCAGUGGGCCACCGCCUCCGGUGCCGCCGCCGCCCGAGCGAUACUAUGCCGCCACAUCCAUCCUCAAGAACGGAGAUAUCGAAGUUCCACAGUAUUGCCAAUAUCGAAAAGAAAGCACGGCCAUUUGGAAUGUGGAGGGCGGGGCUGUGCCCGGGUGCGCGUGGGCGAGCACGGUGCCAAGGC